AUGUGUGUCGUUCUGCUCGUCUUUUCCAGCAUCUGUACAGGUGCUUCAGUUACAGUCAUAGGACACAGAGGAGAGAGAGCAGACAUCAGAUGCACAUAUGAAUCUGGAUAUGAAUCAAAUCCAAAGUAUUUGUGUAAAGGCGAGUGUAAAUUUGGAAGCAGAAACAUCAUUGUUAAAUCAGGAUCUCCAGCUAAAGACCAGAGAUUCUCUCUGAGUGACGACACGACGGCCAGAGUUUUCACCGUCACCAUCACUAAUCUGAGAACACAGGAUGAAGGACAAUACUGGUGUGGAGUGGACAGGACUUUAACUGAUGACUAUUCAGAGAUUUUGUUGCUGGUUAAACAGGAUAAUAAGACCACUGCGAUUUCAACCACCAGCCCUUUUACAGCAACACCGUCAUAUUUCAGCACAGCAGAAACAAAUCCACAAUCCAGCAGCAUCACAGAAAUCACAGAAAGAAAAGAAACAAUCACAGAUCAGCACAACUCCUCAGCAGGUGAUGUCUUGCACACAGGCUCUGUCAUCUACAUCUCUGUUGGGUUAGUCAUUGUGCUGGUCAUCUUCCUCAUGGCGCUGACAGUGUUGUGUAGGAAGAGAAGCAAGAAAUCACCAAGAGUUACUCAAUCUGAACUUCCACAACAAGUCUCCGUUGUGCUUCUUCCUUUGAAUGAAAACACUGCAGAGGACAUUGACUUUAACGACCACAAAUAUGAGGAAAUAAUCAAGCUGCAGCACAAGAACAAAGACAUCACAACUGUCUACACGACAGCAGAUAGACUAGAUGAUCCAAUGAUCUACUCUACAGCAGAUAAACCAGAAGAUUCAAUGAUCUACUCGACAGCAGAUAAACCAGACGAUUCAAUGAUCUACUCAACAGCAGAUAAACCAGAUGAUCCAAUGAUCUACUCAACAGUAGAUUGACCAGAUGAUCCAACCGCAUGAUGAUUUUACUGACUGCGUCUCAGAGCAGCUUCAUGGAAUGGAAGCUGAUC